UUGGCUUUAGUGGAGUCACAUAGCUAUCAUGCGCACCAGCUCAUUCAUGACUAUGCUAUGCUUCCCUCAAUUUCUCUAUCAUAUAUCCAUGUUGGAAUGGUUUGGGUACACUCUUGGCCAAGAAGAUGCAGCAGAACACAAGCAAGUGGGGCCUACAGGAGCAUCCUUAUUAUUUUUUGGUGUGAAGUGAAGAAACAAGAAACACAAACUCCUUCUCUCCUCUUUGUACUAGAUUAGAUUUUCAACCAUCAAACGUGUACUAUGAAACCCCGUGUUCCACCCACUGGGUCACCCUUUGUUUUGUUUUGGCUUGCUUUGGUGUAGUUGGUUUUCCUUCUCACUUUCUCUCUCUACAAUGGUGUCAAAUGCAAAUACAGUUGCACCCUUUUCUUGUUGAAAGAUUAUAAAAACAGUGUUUUUGGAACCUAGUAUUAUUAUCAUUAUUACUACUUGUGGUGGUUGUUGUGUUCUGAUCUUCCUUUCCCAUGUGCUGACUUGGUUUUCUUCGCCUUGCUUUGUUUUUUCUGUCCAUUUGGCUCUCCUCUUUCUUUCCUUUGUUUUUUGGGGGUUGAAAAGCUCAAGUUUUGAGGAUUGAAGGAGUGUUCAGCUACUGGGUUUGUGUUCAUUUCAUUGAGGUGUUCUUGGCCCUUCCCGGAUCCAGCUUCAUCUGGUUAUUGUUGGUAUAAUUCUUAGUUUUUAGUCUAAGGAAGAUGUCUGAGAGAGAAGGGUCCAACAAUUAAUCCCGAAUAGUAGAGGUAGAAGAUGGAAAAUACAUGCCUAUGGAUUCAGAAAGAGGGUCGCAGAAGAAAAGAUUCAUUGCAUGGCUUAUUGAAUGAUAGGGAAAUAUCAGAGGAAGAAUCUUCAAAAUCACAGUUAAAGAAGUUGAUUAAAAGAUCAAACUCUCAUCGGGCAAUAGUUGUAAAUGCUAUCCAAUCACAAAUCAGCAAAGUUUUCUUCAAGGAUUUGUUCUUUCGACGUGUCCAUGGACUAGACAAUCGGAUUCCAAAACAUGUGGUGAGUGUGGAUGAGAAAUACAUCCGCCGCUGCCUGGAAUUCAUACAUAACACUGCAUUAAAAGCAGCUCAAUUCAACAUACCUGAGAGCUUAAGAGCCACAAACAUGGAGACUUUAUCAGAAAGCUUGAAUACAGUGAAAUUUUUUGGUGGAAAUGCAUGUGGUUUGGGACAUUUUGUCUUUGAAUGUCCUGUGGCCACUGAGAAUGGGAGAGUAGUUAUAAGUGCUAAUGCUGGGGACCAGUGGACCUUAGGUUCAAUAAUGGGGAGCAAGAGCAUGAUAAAUAUAUUGAAUAGUACUCUUCUUCAGCAGUUUGGUGCUUCACAUAGAACUGACAAUUUGAACAGGAUGAACUUUUCUGAUCCUGAAGGAUUGGUAUGCUAUGAUUUUAUGGACUCUCCUAGUGAUUUAUGUAUCUCUUCGUCGCAUAAACUUGGAAAGGAAAAACAGUUAGUGCGAAGUCAUAAGUAUGGCUCCAUUUCUGUUCAUAAAAGGCUUGUUUCCACUUCUAGCACCACCUCUACUUCUUCUGAUUGGUUGUCUUCAACAUCUUCCACUCUAUCUCAGGGAAUGAUCCAGUGUUCUUGGAAGCAAGGGAUUCCUCAUUUUGUUUUUUCUGCAGAUGAUCAGAAGGAGGUCUAUGUAGCAAAAUUGAAGAAGGUAGACUCAACAGAUAAUAAGGCUUUGGACUAUGUGUAUGAGUUUCACUUGAACAAGGGUGGCCAAAAGGGUCGCGAGAUUCCUGAUGGUGAUUUUCCAUUUGUUGGGAAGAUGCAUGUAUCAACGAGUUUCACCCUUUGCCCGAACAAUUGUAGAAUAAGGGAGACGGAGUUUACACUAUUCCAUAACAUGGAAAUUUCUGACAAAGAAAUGUCCACAUCAGAGCAUUCUCACAGGAAGAGCAAGGGGCUGUCGAAGGUGUCGAAAGUUUUUAAAACUAGCCCAUCAUCAAAACGCAGAACACUCUCAAGGUUUGGUGGAUCAAGUGCCAUAAAGGAGAGUUGUCCGUGGGAGCCAUAUGCUCUUGGCGGGACCAAUUUAUUAGAUACUGAUGUUCCUCCAAAUUUUGAAAUGGCUACCAUUGUUGUGAAAAACCAUCUUCCUUGUAAAAAACCAGAGAAAGUAGGAGGGUGGGGUUUAAAAUUUCUUAACAAAUCUGGUGAAAAUCAAAUCACGUUGCCAUCUGAAAGUAGUAAUCAAAAUAAUGGCGACUGCUCAAGUAGCACGAGCAUUCUAAUUCCGGCAGGCUUUCAUGGUGGGCCAAGAACCAGAAAUGGUGGGCCAUCCAGUCUGAUAGAUAGAUGGAAAUCUGGUGGCCACUGUGACUGUGGUGGUUGGGAUGAGGGGUGCCCUCUGACUGUACUAGAGAGAAGAUCUAACAAAGCUGAGGUUAUGUCUAAAAUAGAUACAGGAGACGGGUGCAAGUCAGUUGAUUUGGUUAUUCAGGGUUCAAGUGAUUACGGCCCCACCUUGAGGAUGGUAAAUGUUCACGAUGGUUUAUAUUAUAUUCAUUUCCAUCCACCUCUAUCUGCACUACAGUCUUUCUCCAUUGCUGUGGCAAUAAUUCAUGCACAAAGUCCUACACUUCAGCCCAAUGGUGCAAAGAAGCUGUCAUAACUAUAGUUGAAUCUGAGGUUAUUUAGCCGUCAUAAUUCUCUUACUGUAUUAUAAAAAGUGAAGAGAAUCUAGGAUUUUAUACGUGAAUUGGGUUUUCAUUCUAUGCUUAGGGUUGUAAUUGUAAUACAGUCAGAAAUAGUUUUGUUUGUCCUUUCUAACAAUUCAUAGUUUGUAGCCAUCUUUUUCUUUUUCUUCAUUCUUUUUUGUUGAAGAGGAUACAUUGUAAAAGGGUUUGUGGAAGAAAAUUUGGUAAAUUGUAGCAUUGAGAUUGAGUUUGUUAUAGUUAAUUAGAAGGAAAUGGGAUUAGCACUCAAUCUGAAUAAUAACUUUGAAAAUUUCUGUUCAAUAAUGGAUCAUUACUCACGACAGUUUGGUCU